AUGCUUUCCAAGAAAGUGGUUCCUCAUGUACAACCUACUCUCCAUUACGUUUUUGUUAAAGAAUAUUGUGAUGAGAUCCUCAUGCUUUUUACCCUGCAGGUGCAAACACCCUCAACAGUUCCUCACUGUCUUCUUAUAUAUACACACACGUCCCUACCUUCCUCCAUCCCUUUUCCAAGACCCUCUUCUUCUCUUCUCCUCUCUCCCUAUGGCCCUACUAAGGUGUUGUUUCUUUAUCAUUCUUUUCUACUUGGUUUUGCAGAAGCACAACCUUUCACACACCCCUUUAACCACACUGACUUACAAGCCGCAAUAGGUGACAUGAGAGCAAAAUCUUACUACGGAUUCGCAAUGCUUUUGCAGAUGCUCAAUGGAACAACAUCACAACCAAAUAGGGACUUAACUUUCUUGAUGCCAGAUGAUAAAGAACUAUCUUCUUCCUCUAUUUCUGUUGAUGAAGUGGGAGAGUUCUUGCUAAAACAUGCCAUACCAAUGCCUCUAUACUUCAAUGACUUAUCUCAUUUCCCAACUGGGAUCCUUGUUCCCUCAGGAAAUAGCUCCAAAAUGAUUAGGAUUCAUAACCGUGGCAAAGGGGAUUUCUUCGUUAAUAAUGCAAAAAUUGUUUCAGCCAACGUUUGCUUGAACUCUGUGAUCAAAUGCCAUGGAGUCGAUGCAAUAAUUGACUAUGAUAAUUGA